AUGGCUUUGUCCUCCGGAUCCGCGUCGUGGUUGUUGGCGCUGAUCCUGUUCGCGUGCGGGCUCAUCAUGUCGGCCGCCGCCGGUGAUGCGGGCGGCGGCGGCGGUGACGACAGGCUGAUGAUGGGCCGGUUCCUGCGGUGGCUGGCCGAGUACAACCGCUCGUACACGACGGCGGAGGAGCGGCAGCGUCGGUUCCAGGUGUACCGGCGGAACAUCGAGCACAUCGAGGCCACCAACCGGGCGGGCAACCUCACGUACACGCUCGGCGAGAACCAGUUCGCCGACCUCACCGAGCAGGAGUUCCUGGACCUGUACACCAUGAAGGGGAUGCCGACGGGGAGCGCCGACGCCGGCAGGGAGCAGGCCGCCAACGUCUCCUUCUCCGCCGUCGUCGACGGUCCGACGAGCGUCGACUGGAGGGCCCAGGGCGCCGUGACGCCGAUCAAGAACCAGGGCCCCUCGUGCUCUAGCUGCUGGGCGUUCGUGACGGCUGCGACGAUCGAGAGCAUCACCAAGAUCAGGACCGGGAAGCUGGUGUCCCUGUCGGAGCAGGAGCUGAUCGACUGCGACCCCUACGACGGCGGCUGCAACCUGGGCUACUUCGUGAACGGCUACCGGUGGGUGAUCGAGAACGGCGGGCUCACCACCGACGGCAGCUACCCGUACCAGGCGCGGCGGUACGCCUGCAACCGCAACAAGGCCGCCCAGCACGCCGCCCAGAUCUCCGACUACGUGAAGGUGCCGGCCGGCGAGGGGCAGCUGCAGCAGGCCGUGGCGAAGCAGCCGGUGGCGGCGGCCAUCGAGAUGGGCGGCAGCCUGCAGUUCUACAAGGGUGGCGUCUUCUCCGGGCAGUGCGGGACGAGGAUGAACCACGCCAUCACCGUCGUCGGCUACGGCGCCGACGCCAACACGGGGCUCAAGUACUGGCUCGUCAAGAACUCGUGGGGCCAGAGCUGGGGCGAGCGCGGCUACCUGCGGAUGCGCCGGGACUUCACACACUCGGGGCUUUGCGGCAUCGCGCUCGACCUCGCAUACCCGGUCGUCUAG